AUGAAAAAAUAAGAUCUGACAGUAUAUGUUGCAGCUUUCCUGCUUCUCUUUUCUUGUGUUAUUCACUUUGCUAAUGCUCAAGAUAAAGUUAGUGAAAUUUUUAAAGACAAAUAUGAUGUCAAAUAUAGAGUAACUGAAUUAGAUUCACCUGUUUAGGAAAUUCUAUGGUGCGGUAGUUCUUAAGCAACAUCUGAAGACGGAGAUAUUAUCACCUAUGAUUAAACAGCAAAAGUUAGAAAACUUUAUGUCUUAACUGAUAAAGGUAAAUUGUAUUACUCAGAAGACUAUGGCAUUACAUUGAAGUUGAUUAAUGAUGAUAUCCGUCAAUCAACCAAUUCCAAAUAAACUUAGGUCGAAGUCGAUGAUAUCAUGAUCUCACCUGUUAAAAAUAGAAAAGUGUUCAUCUUCACUAAAAGCGGUGAAAGCUAUUAUACAGAAAACUGUGGUGCCACUUAUACUUCUUUCAAGCACGAGAUUCUCCUAUACGAUAUCUAGCCCAAUCCUUCUGAUCACAAGUCUUUGAUAGGACUUGUACCCGUUUAGUGCUAAAAAGGAGAUCCUGAGUGCUAAGGUGGUGAUUCUGAUUUAUACUUAACAGUAGAUAGCGGUAUGACUUGGAGAAAAAUAGUCUCUAACGUAAAUCAAGCAUAGUGGGAUAAGACCAAAUAAACUCUCAUGAACACAUAAAAUAGAAUUAUUUUGUCUCAUUAAGAGUAAGAAAAGAAUGAAAAAGGAGAAAAUGUAUUCCUCAAUAAAGUAAGCUACACUGAUAACUAUGGUAAAGAUUUAAAAGUGGUAGAAAAGAAUGGAGUUAGAUUCUAUUAAACAGAAGAAUAUAUUUUUGUUUUAAUCUAAGGAAAGGAAUUUGGCAAAUAUAAACUUAAUAUUGGACCUUCUUUUGUUACUCAAUCUUCUAGCAGAAAAGAGAUCGAUUUACCUCUUUAAAGAGUUAAAGAUGAAUCUUUUACUGUCUUGGACAUAGAUGCAGGCUAAAUUCUUAUCGCUAUUAAUCAUGAAGGUGACAGUGCUGGAUACACUAAUGUUUACAUUUCAAACUCCUAAGGAGAAUAGUUCACUCUUUCACUUCAAUAUACAGUAGGUGAUGAUGAUUCUAACAUUGAUUUUGAACCCAUUAACAGCAACGAAGGAGUUUAUAUUGCAAACACAUACACUGCAGCUUCAAUUUCAAAAUAUCAAAAGCUUUUGCAAAGAAAAGAAGGACAAAAAUCUUCUGGAUCUUCACUCACUUUGGAUUCAUUUAAAAUUGAAAAUAUGAAAAAAACUAAAAUUACAUUUAACAAGGGUGGUGACUGGCACGCAAUCAAGGCUCCCGAAUUCAAUUAUGCUGGAAAUCCUAUUCGUUGCUCUGGUGACUGUUCUCUUAACUUUAAAGGAAGAACUGAGUCUCAAGGUACUCCAGUCUAUUCUACUGAUAAUGCUCCUGGUAUUAUUUUGGCUACAGGUAAUGUUGGCUCUUAUCUCACUAAUAAUCAAGAUGAAUUAAGAACUUAUCUUUCUAUUGAUGGUGGACACACAUGGAAAGAGAUUCAAGUUGGAUCUCAUGAAUACGAAAUUGGUGAUUAAGGCGGUAUCAUCGCUAUGGCUAGAGACGAUAAGCUUACAAACGAAGUUAUUUACUCUGUUGAUGAAGGAGAAACAUGGAGAAAAUUGAAUUUCAAGGAUGAAAAUAAAUUUAAAGUAGAUAGUUUUGUUACAGAAGAAGGCAACGAUGAAAGAACUUUCUUGUUCUAUGGAACCAAGACUGGUGCAGAUGGAAAUACUAAAGGUGUAAUUGGUGCUAUCAACUUUUCAAAUUUAUUCAAAAAGGAAUGCACAGGAUUUGAAAACCCUGGCGAAGAUGGCAGUGAUUAUGAGAGAUGGGUCCCAUUAAACUUUGAAGGAAAAAAAUGCUUAUUUGGUUCAAAAAUUUCAUACAUAAGAAAAAAAACUGAUUCUAGUUGCUUUAACAACAGAAAAGUUGGUGAUUUAAGAAUGGUCUAAGGAUCUUGUGAAUGUACAGAAGAAGAUUUCGAAUGUGAUUAUGGUUUCACUAAAGAUUUAAUUGAUGAAACAAAAUGUGUUCCAAUAAAUGCAAAAUUUGCAAAGAAAAGAGACUAACCACCUUUGAACUGCAAAGAUUUUUACUUUGUUUCUUCAGGAAAAAGAAAAAUUGCAAACAACUAAUGUUAAGGCGGUAUUGAAGAAUUAUAUACAAAGAAAAAAGUAAGAUGCCCAGGAAAUGAAGAAGCUCAGCAAACUUAGCAAUAAACUCAAAAUACUUAAGCUAAUACAGCUUAAAAUAACUAGUAAGACUUAUUUAGCAGAAAGCCAGAAGAUAUAAAAAAAGAAAUAAAAGAAUAAUAUGGCAAUUAAACAGAUUAGACAUCAGGAAUAUCCUUCCUCGGUGUUUUGGCAGCUUUCUUAGUAUUAUUCUUAUUAUAUACUUACAGGGUAGAAAUACUUAGCAAGAUAAAAGAAUAUCAAUAAAACCAAAAGAACAAAAAGGGUGAUAACAAUAAAUAUGGCUAUAAGCAAAAAUCCUAUGGAAAUAAUGCUGAACAGUAUUCACUUUUCUAAAAUGAUCAAGACAAUGAUGAAUACGAUGCAGAUAUGCUUUGA